UGUUCAGCAGUAUAGCCGGUGUAUGGUCGGGCAGCCGCUGCAAUGGCGAGUGCAAACGCAGAGACGCUGCUGCAUCGUAGACGCCCCUGGAGAGAGCGCACUCGUCGUCUUUCGUGCAGGCUGUUCUGCUGCUCGUGUUUGCCAUGUGAGGAGAGGGAUUCUCUGCGGGAGCAGGAAAUGAAGAUUAAUGGGGGCCCUCAGCAUCCACACUUGGAUCAACGGGGAUCAGGUGAGAAGGAGGCUAUCCAGAUUACAGUGGAGGAUCUGGGGAUAGUUAACACCAGCUUCAGCCUGCUUGACGAGGACCCCCUGACCUCGCGGAACAGCAUGGCCCGCUCAGCGAGCUCUGUGUCUGUUUGCCCAAGGGCUCUGAAAAAGAAAGGGCUGAAGCCUCUGUCUUCACUCCCUAUACAGCUUCAAAGUGAACCAGCCAUGGCUUCUACUACUGGAGAAGAUGAUGAAGAAGAUGAAGAAGACCCACUGCUGUAUGACAGUGGCACUGACAGCACACCGGCCUCUGGAAGUCUCCUGACACCACCUGUCAUUAAUCUGAUUCCACCCAGUCCCUCUGACGUCGUUGACGACGACCAGUUCUUUGACAUCAACUCGGAGGAGAGUGUGGCACAUACAUCUGGCUGUGAUGGGAGCUUUGCUGCUGGUGACCAGGAGAGUUAUGAGGAGAAGAUGGAGAGUGUGGAAGCAGAGGAGCCGAAUGAAGGACUCCCAGUGGAUGAGAAUAAGGUCGGACUUGAUAACGCAGCUGAGCCGGAAGAGGGCCCAAGUGGUCGGUUUGAAGAGGAAGGAGAGUCCGUGCCAACCAAAGAGGAAACAAAGACCAGGAUCUUGCGUAGCGCCUACCAGGUGGCUCCACUCCCCGAGUACCCUCAGAGAAGAAGCUUCAACACUGGAAUAAAUCUUCUGUCUUUUACUGAGCACAACUUGGAUGACCCGAGCAACAGAGAUGUGAGCUGCUCUGACGUGCUGAAGGCCGAACUUCGACCUCACGCUGCCAACAUGGACACAGUCACUCACCGAAGGAGACCAAUAACUCGCUCCUGCAGUCUUGAGGACACAAUAACCAGGAGCGCCACCUUCCAUGCGUUCACCCAUACCACGGAAAAGGAUGAGGAGGGGUCGCCGCGACAACGACGCAGAACCAUCGCAUCAGUUCUGCCUCAGUCAAAGGAUCAGAAUGGAAACUUCCCUGAGAAGGAUGUGGACAGGCAAGUCGCCAAAUGUCUCAGGGAGCUGAACACAGAAGAAGUCUGCCAGUGGUUUACCAAUAUUGGACUGCAGAAAUGUCUCCCCUGCAUCAAAGACGCAAAGCUGUGUGGCGCAGACAUAGCUUCGGUAGACGUGAACACUUUGGACAUCCUCCACGUCACCUCACUCGAAGAUAGAGAGCAGCUGCUGUCGGCUAUUUACAAUGAGCUGCAUCCUCCCAGCACCAUCACCCAGAGACUGGACUCUCUGCUGGAAUCCUCAGGUCCCAAUAAUGUUGAGACGUUCACUGCAACGUUGGUUUCAAUGAGCAAGUCUACGUCUGCUCCUCACAUGAGCUGCCUCAGCAUGAAUCGACGUUCCCUCAAACUCAGAAACAACAGCCAGAACUACAUGGUGCAGAAGAAUUCUCAGCUCAUAGAGAUCACUAUUAAUGCAUCAGAGCGGAUCGUUCAUCUUAGAACCCCAAAGGAAACAGCGGUGGGGAAAAUCAUGGAUUCCUGUAUCAAAAUGCUGGGCGUGACAGAAGAUAAAAGUCUAUUCGCACUGAAGGAAAAGCAAGGCUCUUCAGAGGAGCUCCCACCAGAUCAGCAGAUCGGGAGUCUACUUACAUCGACGUCAGAGAACAGACAGUUGGAGCUGCAUUUGUGUAAAAUGGAGAAACCAACCGCUGCCUCCCCGAACAGCCCAGAAGUCGGCAACUCCAAUGGAAAUGGUAACACCAACAAAAACAUCCAGGGGAACCAGCUGGCUAAAGAGGAGAGGAUUAGAGAGCUAAACCAACAAGUGGACUCACUACAGAACGUCAUCUUUCAGGUCCAGGAGCUCCACCACGGCCUGGUAGCGUUUUGUUCCGAGUUAAAGAACAUGGAUGGAGAUGUGAAUGUGGACAGGCUUGGCUCAGUCGAGCUGAAGCAGAGGCUGGAGUCGCUCAGAAGUAAACUGAACGACAAGAGGCAGAGUCUGCAGAACCUCAGAGACAACAUUAAUAACUCCGCCGCUCUUAAGAAGAAACAGCUGGAGGUCCGUCUCUUGGAGAAGAUGAAGCUGAACUGCCAAGUGUUCAAGGAGGAAAUCUCCAUGGUGCACCUCAACCGACAGGUGGCUCACCUGCAGAACGCUCUGCAGGAAAGCAAGGAGAAAACUCGGAAAAAGAGUGUGGCCAUCGGCAGCCUGAGCCAGCUGGUGUCACAACAGUCUCCGGCCAUGCUGCUGCUGGUGCAGGAGAACCAGGGCUCUGAUGGACGUUAUGGCUUCGCAUGUGGCUACAGAGAAGGCAGCGGACUGGUGGUGGACAAGGUGGACAACACGCACCUUUGUGUAGAUGACAGACUGGUGGAGGUGAACGGUGUGCCGGUAGUCAACUUCACACAGGAAGAACUGACUGACCUCCUGCUGCAGGGACCCAGCGCUCAAAUAGUCGUCCUCCGCCAGCCUCCGCCCACGCUCACCUGCCAGCCGCACCUGGUCCCCCCCGAUCCAAUGCAAACAGUCUGCCCAGAGAGCGAUGUGGUCGCCAUGGAAACCCCUCCACGACGAAAAGUGAUGGCCAUCUGAUGACACAGCGGAGAGGAACGAACAGUCACGAUGAGGAUGUUAAUGUUAAAUUGUAAAAGUUAAACGGUUUAAAUGAGUUGUCGUAUUGUAAAUGACAUAAUGUAAAAUGCCAUAGCAUCUUUGUUGUUUACCUCCAUAUGUGAACUGGUUUAUUGUAUUGAUGUUCUUCAUAGAUUGUUGCCAAAUGUAUUUUAGUAAGGGAUGUCAAAUAGUAAUGCGGCAGUUUUGUGUGUUUUCUAUCUUCCCCAUAUGUACAUCACUUUGUUCUUGGUAGAUAGUAAUGUAUAAUCCACAUUGGUUUAAUGUAUGUGCAGAGCAAUGCCUAUGAAAAACAUGUUUUUGGAAAAAGAAAAGGAGGGAAUUAUAUUCACUACUGCACUUUUUUCUAUUUGGCUCUCUCCUGGCUCCACAUCAUAUUUGUGGCAUGAGGGAAUAUGAAAAGGAAAAAGAGGAAACACAGAUGCAGAUAGAGCUUCGCUCCCGUGGACAUGUGAUAAGCAUCCAGCAGACUUCUUUUUAAGCAUCCAGCAGACUUCUUCAACAACACCGCGAGCCUCUGCAACUUCUUAAAGAACUGGAUAGAAACUAUGUGACAUACUGUAAAGACACGUCUGCAAAAUCUGUAUCAUGUUUGCAAGCUCUCUCUUUGCAGAAUAGACACCAAGAUGGACUGGAGUGUUCGGAGUUGCGUCUCCCCCCUUUGCAUGUUGUAAUGUAAUCCACAGUGCUGUCGGAAUUAAACCCUUGGGCCCGGAAAUGCCUCAUUUCUCA